AUGCCAUCAUCUCCAAGCAGACGAGAAAGGAUUCACCUUGAUGGCCGUACUCUCGAAGGAGGAGGUCAAUUAGUGCGCAUCGCGCUGGCCCUGUCGACCAUCACCGGCCAACCCAUCACAAUCGACCAUAUCCGAGGCAACCGCACCGGCAAGAAGGGUCUCAAAGCAUCCCACUUGGCUGCCAUCAAGUAUUUGGCAGACGUCAGUGGGAGUGCAGUCUCAGGUGCCGAGGUGGGAUCGUCUUCAUUGACAUAUCGUCCCCCACCAGAUGCAGAGACCCGCGUUCGGCAAAACCAAGAGAUCAACCUUCACCUUCCAACAGCUGGGUCUAUAUCACUGGUCUUUCAGGCUUUGUAUCCGUAUCUUCUUCAUACGGGGGGCGGUUUAUCCGACGAAGAACCACAGCCCGUCCGUGUGACCAUCACUGGUGGCACGAAUGUAUCCUUUUCGCCGUCGUAUGAUUACAUUUCGCAGGUCCUGGUGCCGAAUUUCGCCAGGGUCGGGCUUCCACCGCUCGCGGUCCAUCUGGAGAAGAGAGGAUGGGCGACUGGACCGUUCAGUCUGGGGAAGGUAACGUUCAUCAUUGACCCGAUGGACAGAAAGCCGGAGUCUCAUGGGUUUCCGCGGGUUGAUCUGAACAAAUACCGACGGGGCAAGAUCACCCAGGUUGAUAUCACCGUUCUGGCACCGGAUACUCUCCUUUUUCGUGGAUCGCAUGCAGAUCGUGAUCAGGAGAAUUCGCAAACAGCAAAUCAUACAUAUCAGCCGACAACUGUCCGCCGACUCAUCGAGUAUGAGACCAUUCGUAUGCUGCGCACUCGACUCCGAAGGAUGCCCUCGUCGAUAGUCGAUCCACCAGCCAGGCCAGAUGAAAACGAUGAGCUUGUACCUAUCAAGCUGCACACUUCAGAAAGAACUCACCACCGCUCACAUAUCUACAUUCUCAUCGUGGCACAUACAUCGAAUGGGUUCAAGCUCGGUCGAGAUGCGCUUUUUGGCGGGCAGGCUGGAAAGAUAGGUGGCCGAAGAGGUCGGCCGACAGACGACACGAGUAUAGCCAUGGAACUGGUAGAGCGAUGCGUGGAUGACUUUGUGCAUGAGUUGUAUGACCCCGGGCGGCGGAGUACAUCUGAGGGACGUCCGCCUUGUGUGGACGAGCAUAUGCGAGAUCAGCUGGUGAUAUUCGAGGCACUCGGCAUGUCCAAGUCCAAGUGUGAAGCUGAUGACGAGGGGAAAGAGGAUCGGAGGUAUUAUAGUCUCCAUACGCAGACAGCACGAUGGGUAUGCGAGCAGAUGUUGGGUGUGGAGUGGUAA